CUUCUGGGUUUUCGAUAAUCUCUUCUGGGUAUUUUCCCAAUCACUCAAAGAUUCUUCCUUUCGCCUUUAAAUCGGUCAGUUACUAAUCUCUUCUUCACACCCUUUUGCUUACGUCUACGCUCUUUGUUUCAAAUUGCGAUUCUUCAAUUGUUUGAAUCUGAUUCUUGUGUUUGAUUUUCUCAGUCUCUGCUUUGGCUUUGUAAUAGCCAUCGCAAUCCAUCUAUUGCAAGUAUCAUCUCCAAGGUUUUUGAUUUCCACCAUGGCAACAACAACUCUCAAUGGCAAUGACACCACUAGACUUGCUUCAGAGCCUCAAAGGACUUACCAAGUUGUUGUUGCUGCAACUAAAGAAAUGGGUAUUGGUAAAGAUGGGAAAUUGCCAUGGAAUUUGCCUACAGAUCUCAAGUUCUUCAAGGACAUUACGUUGACCACUUCAGAUUCCUCUAAGAAAAAUGCUGUUGUGAUGGGUAGAAAAACUUGGGAGGCUAUUCCAAUUAAGCAUAGGCCGCUUUCGGGUCGGCUUAACGUUGUUUUAACUCGUUCUGGUGGGUUUGAAAUAGCUAACACUGAGAAUGUUGUCACUUGCAGUAGUGUAGAUUCUGCUCUUGAUUUGUUAGCUGCACCGCCGUAUUGUUUAUCUAUUGAGAGGGUGUUUGUUAUAGGAGGUGGUGACAUAUUGAGGGAAGCAUUGAACAGGCCUAGUUGUGAUGCUAUCCAUUUAACUGAGAUUGAUACAAGUAUUAAAUGUGAUACGUUUAUACCUGCGGUUGACACAUCUGUUUAUCAGCCUUGGUGUUCAUCGUUUCCAGUAACUGAAAAUGGACUUCGGUUUUGCUUCACGACUUUUGUCCGUGUAAAAAGUUCUACUGAUGAAAGCAAUGUGUCACAGUCUCUUCAAUUUGAUGGGAAGAAGUUUUUGUUUCUUCCCAAGAUGGUUUUUGAUCAGCAUGAGGAAUUUCUGUAUUUGAAUAUGGUUGAAGAUAUCAUCUCUAAUGGCAAUGUGAAGAAUGAUAGGACCGGGACUGGUACAUUAUCAAAAUUUGGUUGCCAGAUGAAAUUCAAUUUACGCAGAAGUUUUCCACUUCUGACAACUAAGAGAGUUUUUUGGAGAGGUGUUGUUGAGGAACUUCUAUGGUUUAUAAGCGGUUCAACCAAUGCAAAGGUUCUUCAGGAAAAAGGUAUCCAUAUAUGGGAUGGGAAUGCGUCAAGAGAGUAUCUCGAUGGUAUCGGUCUGACAGAGAGAGAGGAAGGCGACCUUGGACCUGUAUACGGAUUUCAAUGGCGACACUUUGGUGCUAAGUACACAAAUAUGCAUGCUGAUUAUACUGGUCAAGGUUUUGAUCAACUCUUAGAUGUAAUUGACAAAAUCAAGAACAAUCCUGAUGAUCGGCGUAUUAUAAUGUCAGCUUGGAAUCCUUCUGACCUCAAGUUGAUGGCACUUCCUCCAUGCCAUAUGUUUGCACAGUUCUAUGUGGCAGAAGGGGAACUCUCAUGUCAAAUGUAUCAACGUUCAGCGGAUAUGGGCCUUGGUGUGCCGUUUAACAUUGCUUCCUACUCUCUUCUUACUUGCAUGCUGGCUCACGUGUGUGAUCUUGUUCCUGGUGAUUUUAUCCAUGUUCUUGGGGAUGCUCAUGUGUACAAAACUCAUGUAAGGCCUCUGCAAGAGCAACUUCUGAACCCACCGAAACCUUUUCCUGUUUUGAAGAUCAACUCAGAGAAGAAACAAAUCGAUUCUUUUGUGGCUGCUGACUUUGACCUCACAGGAUAUGAUCCUCACAAGAAGAUAGAGAUGAAAAUGGCGGUUUAGUCCUCAUCUCUUACUAGGAUAUGACCAAAAGGAGACUACCGACAAAUUGAUUGUGUCGAUUCCGACGGCACAAAGCUUCUUUCUUUUCUAUAUACUGGGGGAUGUAAAAUUUAAGAUUGAAUCAGAUAAAUGACCCUCAAUGUC